GCUCGGCCAAAACAGGUGCUUCCUGGAAACGACAAAUCUGCUCACCGAAGUUUUACUAUUUCCGCCAAAAUGGAAGAAGAAGAGCACAUAAUCCACGUAGAAACGCCUACUGACGUUUAUAAUUUGAAAGGAAGACCUUGUGAAUUAUCAGCGUACUCGUUUGUCCCAACACACCGGCAGGAACCGAAGGAACGGGUGUUUUUCAACUCUGACAAAAAGGACCGCUAUACCUCAUCCACCUAUGACAGAUUGUUCAAACAGGAGGAGGGCUACAAUAACAAAUUACAUCGCUGUGACAGAGAGCAUGCCAAGUCUAGAGGACUGGUAGUAAAUAGUGAGGAAAAAAUCAAAAUUGUUCCCUCCCUUGCCUCAACGGAAUAUGGACACCGCCUUGAUAAAUUCAUCGACCACCCUGACAGGAAAAAUGCAAGGAUCGCCAUUGUCCAACAAGACUUCUACAGAAGGAAUGGAAUACCAUCAACUGGUGACUCCUAAGGAUACGUCUAAUCUUAGCUCGAAAACUCAGACUCCUUGCUAUGUUGUACAUUCAUGGCCUGUCUCUGUCUCAGUACUAAGCUGAGGGUGCCUCGAGUUAUCAAGAACACAUUUUGUAGGUUGUUGAAGGGACCUUUGGGGGAGGUCUGAUAACUCCCUAGUUUCCUCUACAGCAGCAAACUGGGUGACAGUAAACAGUUUCACAGGCAUUUGAUUAAUUUCAAUGCAAUUUGUUGGCUCGGCUAUGGUAUCUAACCACAGAGCCUGUGAAAGUACGCAAAUCCGAACAGUUAACUGCUGUAGUGGAACCAGGCCUACAGUGAUUCUAUAAGAGUUUUUAGCCCUUCAGCUCAAGCAUCAGAAGGUAAUACUCCUAAACCCACGAUAUAAGAAAUUGCAGAGUUUGUAGUAGUCAUUUAUGAGUGCCAGUAUGCCUAUUACAUGUAGGUUGUGAAUCGAUAGACUGUGCACUUUUGGACUUGUGGCGUCGUGACCUAAUGAUCUGUGAAAGCUUGGUACAACUAUCAGAAUUCCUGAUCAGCGAAACUAAGGUUCAAUGUCUGUGUGGCGCAUCACAAGGUAAUAAGUUAACACCGAACAGGGAAAAAACAGCUCGGGUUCACAAUCUAUGUAUAAGCAGUCUUUUAAAUGUUUUGUUUCCAAUGUGUGAUUAAUCUAUGCAGAGUUUGUCUCACAAAAUAUCCUGUUGGCAGGUUUUAUUUGAAAUCAUGACUUUCUUUUCUUAACAUUCCAGCAAGUCCAUCUGGAUACCGUGUCUUUCACUCAUUUACUAUUAAACAAUAAUCCACACUACUCAUUGUAUAUUUUCAGAUGUGUGAAGGCUAUUGUGUAAAUAAAUCUCAAAAUACUAAAGCUGUUAAAAUA